AUGAAACAAGGAAGGUAUUUACACGGUGAAGUAAGGCUACGCUGUGUUACAUACGAUCGCUCUCCAGGGAGUAGAGAGGUCUGGGAGCUGGCACCUAUUCCACAUGAUACAGGUAACACUCCAUCAUCUCAAUUGCUACAAGUAAAUAUUGAAUCUCUUCUUUCUUUGGAAAACCAUUCAAAUAAGGACGUAUGUCUAUUCCCUUUCAUUGGAUGGCACAUUUGGAAAAUGAAGAACAAUAUGAUGUUCCAAAAUAGAAGAGAUCUAAUUCCAAUUCUAGUGAAUAAGACGAUACUUGAUAAGAAUAUAUGGAGUGCCUCUCUUAAGCUUGACAAAAAUCAAUUUGUCCCGCCACACCAACCGUCUUCGGUCAAUAUUUCUCUGAAAUCUAUUGCUUAUAAAACCAAUGGAUUCUGCUGUUUUGUAGAUGGCUCCUGGAUAUCUAAUUCCCAAUUGGCAGGAAUAGGAUGGGGCAAAUCAGUAAUAGCGCCUACAAAUUCUCCAUUAGAAACUGAAGCUGAAGUUGUGCGGAUGGCAGCCCUUCAACUAGGGAGGUUAAGAUACUCAAAUAUCACUUUUUGUGGGGAUUCAGUUAACCUCUUCAAUAUGAUCAAUGCCUCACUAUCCUCUCCUCGGAAAUCAACUUGGGAGCACUCAACACUCUCUAUGUACAUAAAGGACAUCCGCAAGAUGGCGGUUGGAAAGAGUGGAUUUAAAAUUAGGAGAGUUCCUAGAAAUGUGAUUGCUAUAGCUGAUAGACUAGCAAAAAAGGCUCGUUAUGAAAAUUCUAGCCAUGUUAUAAACUGGUUGUAA